AUGUCGGAUCGAAAAAAAAUCUCUUACCGAUACACCACGGUGGAGGCGUGGCAGGAGCUCGAUGAGAAAGUCCGAGACAUCAUCACGGAAGAUACGGGCAAAGAUAUCUGGAUGUCGACAAAAAGCCUACCCCCAAUCAGUUUCCCUCCGUAA